AUGGCGACGGUUAUAUCACUGCUGACUAACCCAUGCAACAGCCCGUUCGAACAGCAGCAAAGCCACCAUCUUCAUCCGCAGCAGCUACUCUUUCCACCGUACGGACAGGGACCGGAAACGUUUCAGCAGCGGUACGGUGGUGCCGGUGGACGAAACCGUAACGAGGCGACGCACCACCACGGGCAGCUGGACGCGUUAGAUUUUCAUCUGUUGAGCCGUACGCUCGAGGAAGAGAUCGAACAAAUGGAAUACUCCGGAAGUUCCGGUCCCUACCAGCAGCACCAGCAGCAGCCACCACAGCAGCAAGCAGCACGACGUCAGGGACAGCAAGAUUUCGAACAGAUUUCUCCCGGCUAUAACCUGGACAACGAGGACACGUAUAGUGGGUCACCGAAUAACUUCCAGGACUAUCAGAAUAACUUUGUCGAUUCGCCGCCCGAUUCGAAGGAACCGUGGCCGAUCGACUACAACAAGAUGCAUACCACGAUCGCUACGAGCAGUGGUGCCAACGAUACGACGAGCGCGUCGACAACCGUAACGCCGGCCACGGUUGCUACUGUCCCUGGAGCUGUUGUUGCGGCAGCAACAUCUCACCCGCAGCAGCAGCAGCAACAGGACAAUGGCGCCAUGUACAUGAACAACGCCAUACUGCCGAGCCGGAAGCGACGGAUGGAAUGGAUGUCACCGCAGGAGGAAGACACCGAUGGGACCGAGACGAAGAUCGCCAACAUCGAUAAGGAGCGUGACGCACGUCGCAAGGGAAGCUUGCGAUGGGCCGAUGAUCUUGACUUGGACCUCAGUAACGAGCUGUCCAGUAAUGGAUACAUUAGUGAUUCAUUGUUGACCUUCCCGGUCUUCAAACAAGAACUACCAUCACCUCCUCAGAAGCCUCCUCAACAGCAGCAACAACACUCACAGUCUGCUCACCAACAACAGCAGCAACAGCAACAACAACAACAACAUCAGCUCCAUCAACAGCAGCAACAAGCCUUGCAUCAGCAAGCAGCCGCAAGCUCUCAGGAUCAUUCACAACAAUCCCAACACCAACACGCACCUGCCAGUUUACAACAAUCCUUAGCUGGUGGCGUUAAUCCUGCCAGCAGUGGAAAUGCUGCCAACAAUGCCCAUCAACAGCAACAACAGCAGGUUGUCCAAUAUCACCAACAACAACAGCAGCAGCAGCAGCAACAGCAGGGACACAGUUCUAUGAAUGGUGGUGGGCAGAGUUUGAUGAGCGGUACCGAUCAUCACGCAACCGGAAUCGGUGCCGGUUUAAGCAAUCUGCAAAGCUUUCUACAAAGCAAUCGUUUGGAAAAUGAUCCUAGCGCAGGCGUUUUACAGAUGCAACAGGAUGGCACGUUACCAGUCGCACGUGGUGACAAAACACACGACGAUCACAAUCGGUUCCAGUACGUGCUAGCAGCUGCGACCUCGAUAGCGACGAAGAACAACGAAGAAUCUCUCACCUACCUUAACCAGGGUCAGAGCUACGAGAUCAAGCUGAAGAAGCUUGGCGAUCUGUCCCCGUUCCGGGGUAAGAUUCUGAAAAGUAUUAUCAAGAUAUGCUUCCACGAGCGUCGCCUGCAGUACAUGGAGCGGGAACAGAUGCAGCUGUGGCAAGCUUCCCGACCCGGUGAGAGGAUAUUGGAUGUUGACAUACCACUAUCGUACGGAUUGAUGCAGGUGCAGCCUACCAGCAGCAACCUGCUUAACACGAUCGAGGUGUUUUGGGACCCAAUGAAGGAGGUCGGCGUGUACGUAAAGGUGAACUGCAUUUCCACGGAAUUCACACCCAAAAAGCAUGGCGGCGAGAAGGGUGUCCCAUUCCGGAUUCAGGUCGAAACGUACAUCGACACGAACGGGCUGCAUAAUGGGACCGGUAAUGGUGUGGCGGGUAUGGACGAUAAAGACGGUAUUAGACCAUUCCAUGCGGCGGCUUGCCAAAUAAAGGUUUUCAAAUUGAAAGGAGCCGAUCGAAAACACAAACAGGAUCGAGAGAAAAUACUCAAGCGUCCGGUUGCAGAGCAGGAGAAAUACCAGCGCAGCUGUGACUGUACGAUACUGACGGAUAUUACGACCGAUUCAGUCAUUACGCCGCUCGGUGGCAGCUUUAGUCCCGAUCACAUUAAGCGUAACGUUUCACCAUUGUUGGGCGGUCCAACCUCACCGGGGCAGCUGAACAAGUUCGAAAACAUGAUGUCAAGUGUGCUGUGCAACGGCGGAAACGUUGUUAGUCCCGGGGCAAAUCCUACCACAACGUCGACAACUACGGCGGCGGCCGCCAUGGUUGUUGCGGCUGCUGCUGCUGCCGCUGCCGCCGGCGUACAGAACAAUCCGAUCGGAAUCAGUAACGUUAGCUCGACGAACGGACUGUGUAAAGCGUCGCCGCUCGGUGUGGAUCAACCGAUGGUGCUUUCGCCCCAGCAGCCGAGCGAACUGGACGAUUACGUGCCAUCGAUUACGAAGGAAACAAGCCCCGGAACGUUGGCCCAGUGGUUGGCCGUGCAUCGGUUGUCUGCGUACGCGAAAACUUUCGCCCAGUUUUCCGGUUCGGAUCUGUUAAGAAUGUCCAAAGACGAUCUUUGUAAAAUUUGUGGCUUAGCAGAUGGCAUUCGAAUGUUUAACAUUCUCCAUUCGAAAGCCAUAACGCCACGCUUAACCAUCUAUGUUAGCUUCCAAACCAACAUCUAUCACGCGAUCUAUCUGCACUCGAACACCAUCCCGGAGCUGGUGCAAAAUCUGUCCAAAAUUCCCGGCUUUCUGGAAGCUAUCAAUGCGCUCAACACACCCAACACUACCACAUCCGAUGCCGGUCUCUGGAGUGGUACGUUUGGUGGGCCGCGUUCUCUUAACCCCGGUCCAUCUAAUGGCAGCAGUAACGGAGCUCACGGUAAACUUCCCACCAACGGUGGAACGAACUCUGCCGUUCAGCUAUCCGUUCCGUCGCCUUCGUCACCUAUCUCGUCCUCGUGCGGCAUUGCGAAGCUGCAGCUACUGCUUAAAGGCCCGAACGGGAUACAGGUGCUGCUGACGGAGGAUGUGCUGAACAACAUCAAGGACGAAACACUGUUUCAGCUGGAGCUGAAACCGAACGGCAACAUACUAAUGAAAGCGGUCCACAGUGUGACCGGGACGGCGGGGGGUGACUGUUCGAUCGAUGAGGAUGCGAACUGA